UACCUUAGAUUUUUACAUGGUUUUGCUUGGUGGAUGCUAAAAAAAAAUUGAUGUGAACAUUGUUGAACUGUUCAAUGUUAUUUUAAAAUAAUAGUGAAUCGUUUUUACCGAAUUCACCCGAAAAUCUGUUAAUUUGUUUACGUUCCUAAAGGACAAUCUCGAAAAAUGAUGGCUGGUAAACGAGCAAAAAAACCAUUACCGAAGUUUAGCAUAGUGGCAGACACGACUCCACCUGUGACACCUCCUAGGGAUUUAGACAAGCGUACCAAUAUUACUAUUGGGGAUAGAGUCUUUGAAGUCGAAGCAGAUGACCUUGAGACCUUGGGACUUUUGGGCCAAGGAGCUUAUGGAAUUGUGGAGAAAAUGAAACACAAGAACACUGGAACGAUAAUGGCUGUUAAACGAAUACCUGUAACAGUCAACACACAGGAGCAAAAAAGACUCCUGACUGAUCUCGAUGUCUCCAUGAGAACAGCAGAUUGCCCAUACACAGUAACAUUUUAUGGGGCCUUGUUUAGGGAGGGAGAUGUAUGGAUUUGCAUGGAGUGUAUGGAUACCAGUCUUGACAAGUUUUAUGUAAAAGCAUAUAACCAUGGGAAGAGUAUUGAUGAAGAUGUGCUUGGACAAAUUGCAUUUGCAGUUGUAUCUGCAUUGCAUUAUCUUCAUAGCCAACUGAAAGUAAUUCACAGGGAUGUAAAGCCCUGUAAUAUGCUAGUUGACAGGACAGGGCGAGUUAAAAUUUGUGACUUUGGCAUAUCUGGUUAUUUGGUAAAUUCUAUUGCAAAAACCAUCGAUGCCGGAUGCAAACCAUAUAUGGCGCCCGAGAGGAUCGAUCCUUCAGGAAGCCCCGAUAAAUACGAUGUCCGUUCGGAUGUUUGGUCCCUAGGAAUUUCACUUGUGGAGUUAGCCACAGGAAAAUUUCCUUAUAGUCCAUGGAGAACACCGUUUGAUCAGGUAAAACAGGUGGUUGUAGGUGACCCACCGCGCUUGCCGUCUGGUCGAUUUUCUCCUGAAUUUGAAGAUUUUGUUUCAAAAUGUUUAAGAAAAAAUUAUUCGGAAAGACCAAACUACCGACAGUUAUUGGAACACCCAUUCUUGGUACGCCAUGCACAGCGGAAAACGGAUGUGUCCUCCUUUUUCGCAGAAGUGCUGGAUCUUCCCACCGAGGAGCUCAAGACAAACAAAAAAACGACCAUUUAAAAU